GGGAACCUUGGGGGAGGAAAACAGCGCUUAGGGUCACCUCUUCCCCUGCAGAACUGAGCGUGAUUCUGCCCUUAUUUUUAAUUAGCUCCCCUGAGGCCUGCAAGAUUCCAGAGCCACUCAAGCCUUGGGCAUUAGCAGUGAGUUGACUCCAGGCUCCUCUGGCUCCCCACCCCAUGAGAUCAUCUAGACAUCUCCUCUAUCCUCUUAGCCCUACAUUCCUGCUCUAAAUCUGCUUUGUGGAUAAGCUCAAGCUACCUUUGGCUACCACACUAGUGCUACAUAGCAUCGUUCUAUGAAUUACUGAGUGGGACCUGUCCUGAGGCACAACAUUAAAACAACGUUGCAGUAGAGUAAAGGAUUUGCAGCAAUACUUCUGGCUCAGGUGUUCUGUCCUGGUUCCCAUAGCAGAUGCAGCUCCAACGCCUGUAAUAACAGAGGAGUUGAGACCAGGAAGUUGCCAGGUGGUAGCUUGUGAGAAUACAAAUGACCCAACUGGCAGAGAAAGGAGCGUCUUCCCCCACACUGGUGGCUUCUGAUAACAAGGAGCUGGUAUCUUGCAUGCAGGCUACAGUUUGCAGUGCUAUCAGUGCGGCAAAGCAUUCAGUAGACAUGGCCAAAGAGGUUGUCCACAACAGUAUAGAAACUGCCACAGCUGUGGCAGGCAGCAAUGUGAACAAACUAAUGGGUUCAAGUAUUGGUCAGAUACUCAUGAGUGGCAUUGACGCAGUGCUGAAGAAGCCUGAAGAGCUGAUUGUCCACCGUCCCCCAAUGACAGAUGAGAGUCUAGCUAAACUUGAAACUUCUUUGGAGGGAUCAGAAAUGGGUUCUGUAGAGCAGCAGAACCAGCUGAGCUCCAGCACCAAGCUUACCAGCAUUCCCUGGCCAAGAUGGAUCAUGGUGAGCAAAUGGCUCAGCAGGCUCUUUCCCAGCUUCAACAAACAAUUGCCUUGGUAGGAGUACUUUAUCUUCUAAACUUUGUCUCUGGCUGCAGCCUAUUUAUUAAAAUGCAUUUGAAAUCCUG